AUGCAAAAUGAAAAAGCAACACUUGUUAAUGAUAGCAUCAUGUGUCAAUGGACACAGUCGGGACUGCUCGAGUUUAGUCAUCGUAUGAUUUUUCAACCAAUGACUUUUGCACUAUUUGGAGAGAUUGAUCCACAUUCGCUUGAAACCGAUUUUCGUUUAUUCGACGAUAAAAUACAUUAUUUUGGUGCAAUACUUCCUACCUGGAUGUAUUCAUGGUUUUUCACAAAAGCACUAACAGCACGUACCAGAUUGAAUAGCGCAUGGUUGGCAAAAUUACAUCCAUCUCAAGAAUCUGAAUUGAGUCAUGCUCGAACAGUACUUAUUCAAGACAACUACAACUGGCUUUCAGGGCAGGAUCAUGGUGCCCUUCAGACAACUCUUUUGUGGGGCGCACUUGGCAACACUAUUCCAACCGUCUUUUGGUGUCUAUUUCAUAUUUUACAAAACGCAGAAGCAUUGGAAGUAAUCAAACAAGAAAUUGAUGAGCACUUACCGUUUUCUUCGCUUGAUAAUGAUAAGGCUGAUUCAGUUAUCGAAGAAUGGACUGUGGAAAAGCUAAACUCGUGCGUUUAUCUGGAAAGUGCAAUAAAUGAAACAUUAAGAUUUGCUGCUAGUACUUUCUUGACAAGAAAAUGUCGGCAAGAAACUCAAAUCCUUCUACAAGAUGGACGUAUCUUGAACGUAAAGCCUAAUGAAACGGUUGCCUACUUUGCUCCCAUAACACAUCUUGAUGCAGACUUAUUUCCAGAUCCAAACAAAUUCGUCUUCGAUCGAUUUGUUAAUAAAAAUGCAGAUAAUAUUGCUGGUUUUCUGCCAUUUGGCAGUGGUAAGAGCAUAUGCCCAGGUCGAUUCUUUGCAAAAAAUGACAUCAAGAUUUGUUUUGCCAUGCUGUUACGACGCUACAUGGAAUUCAAGUUUAUCGACACAGAAAUAACCACAGCACAAAAACGUGGCCGUGUAGGAUUUGGUGUCGCACCUCCUAGCCUGGAUGUCAAAAUUAUGUAUCGAUACAAAAUGUAA